GGCCUCAUUGUCCGUCGUGACAGGUCCGGCCGAGAGAAACCAGAGCGAUCCAGGGCGGGAUCGGGAAGCAGGCAGAGGACGCUCCCGGAUUGUGGUUGUGCAAGAUCCAGAAUUGGAAACGCAGCCCAACGAGAAGUCCGACCACCUCCCGACUCCGUCGUUGUUGUUGUUGCGUUGUGUGUUUUCCUUCCCUGGGAUUUAAAGUCCGCCCCGAAAGGAACCAGCCACCAUUCUGAGACCGGCUCUGGAUUUGCAACCUUUGGGAGGAAUUUCUUUCCAAGGAUCAGGAGAAGCCAAAGGAGAGUUCAAAGGUGGUUCGAAGGGCGGGGCCAAAGGUGGGGUCAAAGGAGGUGACAUGACCUGCGACCCCUCAGAGCUGGAGUGGGCCAUCCAGACCCUGGUCAAGAACUACGAGCACUACGCCAGCCGGGGAUGCUGCUGCUGCUGCAAGAGGAGGCAGGGCAUCACCAAGAAGAGCUUCCGCAAGAUGCUCACCCAUGAGCUCAACCACAUGCUCACCGACACCAAGAACAAGCAGGCGGCGGACAAGCUGAUCUGCGACCUGGAUGAGAACCAGGACGGGCGGAUCGGCUUCCGUGAAUACUGGAACCUGAUUGGCGGGAUCGCCAGCCCCAUCGCCUGCCUGAUCCGCCAGCAGGAGGAGAGCAUCAAGUUCACCAAGUAGGAAGAGGUCCGGCCUGGGUCCCUCCAGCCACUUCUGCCUCUUUCCCAGCUGACCAUCUGCCGUCACCAACAAUCGCAGCCCUGAUUUGUAUCUGAUUUCGCCAAGAGGGAGAGGAGGACCUGGCCCUGGGAAUGCCUUGCCAUUGGUCCCCUUCCUCCAACUGUUGCCAGUUUGCAAACAUUGUAAUAAAGUUUGGAAUCUGAUGGCAAAGUCAG